AUGCUACCUUCCAAACCCUCCCUACCAUGGCUUUUAACCAGCCUUCUCAUUCCGCUCUGUCAGUCGGCACCCCAUCCUUCGGGAUGCCGACCAGCUGAUGGCUCGUACUCGGCGUGGAUGGCCGACAGCGUCAUCACCCGUGGACAGGCCAUCGCACCCGCUGGCAAGCCCGAAGCGUCGAUUGCCUUGCAGAUAGGGUUCUUUCAGACUGCGAUCUUGCAGUUAUUGGAUCGCCAUGACAGCUCUGUCCCUUCGUGUCAAACGACCCGCUGGGAGGAGUAUCUCACGAACAGCACUGCGAGUAUCGCACCACUUCUGGGGAAUGCGUCGCAAGACACGCAGUUGUUCGCACUUGACAGGCUCUCAACCUUUCGGGGUCUUUUACACGACUAUGAGAAGACAAACAACACAAUCGACAAGAAAGCCAUAGAUUCCUUAAGACAGUCGAUCGACCUCCAACCAACCAAUGAAUAUGGAGGCCUAUGGUACUUCACCUACCCUAACUGGAGCUACCUCGACGGCAUGUACUCUCUCAUCCCGUUCAACUGGCUCUACGCGAUGCGAUUCGACCCCCCCAGCACCGGUGCCAUCGUCGACCAAAGCAUCCGCGAACUCGAUCUUCUCUGGCAGCACUGCUACCACAACAGCACCGGCCUUCUGGUCCACGGCUACGAUGGGUCCAAGACAGCCGUGUGGGCUAGUUCUCUCACUGGCGCGAGUCCGAUCGUCUGGGACCGCUCGUUAGCGUGGUAUUUUAUGACGCUUGUCGAUAUGCUUGAGCUACUUAAGUUGAAAGGAAGCCCCGGGGCUGCGGAACAGCGAUAUACGCGUUAUCUGCGCGGUCGAUUAUCUGCCUUGGCGGAUUCAGUUAUGGCGGUCGCGGAUACUAACUCGGGCUGCUGGUGGCAGGUCAUGACUGCUCCGGGACAAGAGGGGAAUUAUAUCGAGUCGAGUGGAUCGGCUAUGUUCACGUAUGCCCUGUUGAAGGGCGUUCGGCUGGGGCUCCUUGACUCAGAACGUGUUUCCGGAUCGAAGAUUGUGGAGUUGGCAAGCAAGUGCUACGGAUACAUGGUCAACGAAUUCGUGGUAGAGGAAGGCGAUGGAACGCUUGGAUAUAAUGGGACUGUCGCUGUCUGCAGCCUGAAUUCUUCGGCAACAUAUGAGUAUUAUGUGAAUCAGCCGUUGUUAUACAAUAGCGUUCAUGGCACUGCGGCGUUUGUUUUGGCGAGUCUGGAACAUGAGAUGUUGGCGAAGACUGCACAGUGA